UCAUUGUUUAUUUUUGACAAUCAAGCCAACCAAAGCGGCGUCAAAUAAUUUACACGCAAAAUUCCCAUUUUAACACUCAAAAAUGCUGUUUUACUCGUUCUUCAAGUCCCUGGUGGGCAAAGACGUCGUCGUGGAACUCAAAAACGACCUCAGCAUCUGCGGUACUCUGCAUUCUGUGGAUCAGUACUUGAAUAUAAAGUUGUCGGACAUCAACGUAAUAGAUCCUGAUAAAUAUCCUCAUAUGUUGUCCGUGAAGAACUGUUUUAUACGUGGAUCGGUGGUGCGAUACGUGCAGCUGCCUGCUGAUGAAGUAGAUACCCAGCUACUCCAAGAUGCGGCCAGGAAAGAGGCCACAGUAUCUACUAGAUAAUCCUAACCUCAAAAUGUGUUAAUCGUAGAAACAGCAGUGUUUCGUGAACUGGAAGUGUGUGUAAAUAUUAAUUUUAAUUUAAGCGAAGGUUUCUCAAUAAACUUCUAAGAUUAAAAA